UUUUAAGGCUGCACCAUGAACCUUUACAAAGCUAUAAAAGUAGCAGUAGUUAACCACCAAACCUUGCUGGCAAUGAUUUUGAUACAGUUGUCAUAUGCAGGCAUGGCCUUAAUAAGCAAGGCUGCCUUCAAUGAGGGAAUGAGUCCUCUGGUGCUCAAUGCUUAUAGGCAAGCUAUUGCUACAAUCGUUUUGGCACCCUUUGCAUUUCUAUUGGAAAGACCUGCAGCGAGCCUGGAUUUCUACUAUAUGGCCCUCCGUUAUACCUCAGCCACAUAUGGCACUGCGAUGCUUAAUACCAUUCCAGUAGUCGCAUUUAUCCUCCCUGUUCUGCUGAGGAUGGAGACUGUAAGUUGGAGCUCAUUUUAUGGUAUAUUGAAGAUUGUCGGUAUGUUCAUAACUGUUGGAGGAGCCAUGCUACUUAGCUUCUACCUGGGUCCUCCUUUGAAAAACCCCCAUGCUCCAAGCCCUGUGGGAAGCAGCACUGAAACAUCUCACGUUGGGGGUCAUAAGAACUUGAUUGUAGGCCCUGUGCUUAUGUUUCUCUGUUCUGUAGCUUGGUCAUUAUGGCUCAUCAUGCAACCAAAGCUUCUUACGCAAUAUCCUGCCAAGCUAAAGCUGUCCACUCUGCAGUGUCUCCUCAGUUCUGUGCAAUCCACUGUCAUAGCAGCUGCCUUGCAGCAGAACUUUAACUCAUGGAAGAUAGGAUGGGAUAUUCAACUUGCUUUCCUAGCGUAUUGUGGUAUUCUAGUAACUGGAUUCACAUACGGGCUGCAAGUUUGGUGUAUAGAGAAGAAAGGGCCAUUCUGUUGGGUGGCAUUAUGGUGGUUGGAGGUCUUUAUUCUGUCCUGUGGGGAAGGAGCAAGGAGUACAAUCAAGGUGGAUGAGGUUGCCUGUCCACUACUACUUAAACCAGAUGAACAUCAAGAGGAAAUGCAUUAUGAAGCCAUGAAGUCCAAUGCUUCUUAUGGGGCAAUGGCAAUAGUCCAGUUAGCAUACGGUGGAGCAAAUAUCCUAAUGAAAAUUGCUCUUGAAAAGGGACUCAAUCAACUUGUCUUUGUGGUUUACAGGCAUAUAAUUGCCAUGCUUUUGUUAGGUCCCUUUGCUUAUGUACUUGAAAGGAAAAAUCGACCUCCACUCUCAUUCUCUGUGAUUGCAAAGAUUUUUUUGCUUUCGUCACUUGGGACAACCAUCCAUCUUAAUGUUUACUAUGCUGGUUUAGCAUACACUUCUCCAACAGUUGCAAGUGCCUUAAGUAAUGUUAUCCCUAGUUUGACCUUCCUCAUAGCAGUAAUACUCAGGAUGGAGACAUUGAACAUAGCAAGUGUUAGAGGUCAAGCUAAGGUGCUGGGUACACUGAUUUGCAUUGGUGGGGCACUUACUUUUACCUUCUGGAAAGGAAGAUAUCUUUUCAAAGGCUUUGUGCACAGGCCUCUGAUAAUCAUCUGUAGCACCAACAGUUGUGAGUUGAAUCAUGGCAAGGAUAACUGGAUUAAGGGUGCUGCACUUAUUCUGACAAGUCACAUAGCAUGGAGUGCAUGGCUGAUUCUCCAGGCUGUGGUCUACAAAGUCUACCCCGCUAGAUUAUCGCUGAACACUUUGAUUUGCUUCUUCGCAUCAUUGCAAUCUUUUUUUCUUGCACUGUUUUUUGCAAGAAAUCUAGACUUAUGGAAGCUGGAGUGGAACAUGCAGCUAUUAACCAUCCUCUACAGUGGAGUGGUGAUCUCAGCUUUAGUCUACUACUUGCAAACAUGGUGUAUCAGUAAUAAGGGACCAGUUUUUGCAGCAAUGUUUAGUCCACUACUCUUAAUUAUUGUGGGAAUAUUCUCGGCAAUUGCUUUUGCAGAGAGACUACACUUGGGCAGCUUGGUAGGAGCGUCUCUCAUCAUUGCAGGCCUUUACUGUGUACUUUGGGCAAAAAGGAGAGACAAUCUUGUCAUUGGACAGCCAGACGAUGAAAAAGGAUUUGAUGAUGACAAAAUGCAAGAGAUUUCGAUCAACGAGACCGAGAUGAAUUCUGUCACAAAUGAAACAAAAUGAAAUACACCUUUAUUGGAAAAUAAAUACAAAAAUAAAGGUGUUUUUCAUUUCCCUUGUAAAACAGAUUAGUUGUUUUUACUUUCGUUUGAUUGUCAAAACAACCAUUCUUAUCAUUUCGUUGCAAGUAAAGGUUGUAAACCUGAAACAUCACUUUAUGAAGUACUUCAGGAAUUUGCAACUGGAUUGGAACUUUCAUCAUUAGUAA